ACUCAGCCCCACAUGGCAGCGCGCUGAAGUUUUGACGGCACCAGUUAAGGGUCAGCAUGGCCAAACAGUGGUCUGAGGGCCACUCCACGUCUGUCCUGUGUGUUGGGGCAUCUUCAGGUCCUGAGGGUCUCCUGGCUUCAGGCUCUGAGGGUGGAGAGGUCACAGUGUGGAGCCAAGAGGGAACCGUCAUAGGCCGCCUCGCUCUGUCCGGUGAAGACGACAGCACAAGUGUUGUCUUUUCACCCGCAGCUCCGGGCCAGCUCUAUGUGUCACAUGGGGACACGGUGAGUGUACUUGACCCACGAAACCUGAAGGGCCCCGUGGAGGAGUUCCAGGGUGCCGGGGAGGAGGAGAUCAAUGCUUUGGCACUAAACGACACAGGUUCAGCCCUGGCAGUGGCUGAUGACUCGGGGGCAGUCCGGGUACUGGAACUUCCUGGGGGAAAAGUGUGCAGGACUCUUCGUAGGCACACUAAUAUCUGCUCCUCGGUGGCUUUUCGGCCCCACAGGCCCAAUAACCUGCUGUCUGCUGGACUAGAUAUGCAGGUGAUGCUGUGGGGGCUGCAGAAGACGCGCCCUCUUUGGACCCUAAACCUCCAGGAUGUUGCAGAGGAAGAAGAUGACCAUCAGCAGCGUCCUGGGCAGCUUUUCAACCCGCCAUUGGUGCACUGUGUUUCUGUGGCGAGUUGUGGAAACAUUUUGGGUUGUGCAGCAGAGGACGGGCGGGUGCACCUGAUGCGGAUCGGCAGCGGCUCAAAACUGGAGCAGCAGGGCGCUGUCAAGGCUCACAGUCAGGGGGCCUCACAAGCCCACUUUGUUAGUUUCCUUCACCAUCCUUACUGGCUCAUCACUGGGGGGAAUGAUGGCCAAGUCGCCCUGUGGGACCUCAGUAAGCACCCAGUGGUGUCUCCGGAGGCAAAGGCCAAAACUCGAGCGGCAGCAGCCCCACGCAGGAGGGGUAAGAGUAAGGCAAAGAGGAAAGAACAAUCCGAGGAUAAAGCAAAGACUCCACCGAAGGCUGAAGCAGACAAAGAAGAAGCUGAGGCGGAGGAUGAAGUGGCAGCAUGUUCAGAGGAGGUGACGGAGGAGAAGUCUGGGCCCAAACUGAGCAUCAGUCAUGGGGACAAGGUGAACUGGUUGUGUCCUGCUGUACUGAAAGGAGAGCCCAGUGUGGUAGUUGCAGAUCAGAGCUCCAGUCUGACUGUAUAUCCUCUGUCUCAACUAUAGAUUCACACACUUACAACAUGUUCUGUAAUCUUUUUUUUGUCGUCACAGCAGCACACUAUUUUCACUUGCCUUAUUAGCAUACCAUCAUUUGCACUUCUGGUUUAAAUGGUGAUUAGUUUGAUAACGGCUUGAAGUCUGGGCAGAACCAAACAUAACUGGUGCAAAACCAAUACUGGAAGGUGUGUGUGAGUAUUCACACAAUGUUCAACAGUACAUGUGUAAUUGGGUCUCUUUUGCAAGCUUUACUCAUUGGAUAUGGCUUGUUUGGGGCUUUGUGUGUGUGUGUGGUCCUGUAAAAAUGUCAUUCUUUGAAAUAUAUUUUGCUGUGUAUGUGCAUUUUUGUAGACUGUGAAAACUACCACAUUAGACAAAACCAUGUUUAACUGAGUCUGUGGUGCUUUUUUUUUUUGAGUAAAAACACUUCACAAUCCAAACCAGGUGCCAGACUUAAAGACAAGGCACAGAGCGAACUGGAGGCUGUUCCUGACAUGUGACAUUUCACACAUGCUGCUCGUUCAGACAAGAUUUGUUUCUGUACAUGUUACUAAUUAAAUCAUGUUUGCUGCUUAUUAAUCUUUACAGGCUGAAUCUGUUUCCCACUUUGAACACCAGAUAGACCAUAUCUCCUCUGUUCCUAUUAAUCUGUGGACUCCAUUUGCAACAGCCAUCAAAAGCUUUAUGUUGUCAAUUUUUGAAACAAGCCAAACAAGUACAAACAAAAUCUCAAUAAAUUCAAACAUUCAUUGCAAAUGCACUGUAUUCAGGCAACACU